AUGGCGCGGGUGGGCAAGCGCACGAAGAAGUUUCAGAAGCGGCACCUGGCCGCGGAGGUGAAGGUUCGGAAGAAGCAUCAGAAGUUGGCGAAGUCGAAGGCAAACAGGCUGUCCAAGGAGCAAAUCUCCGUCGAAAGGGCGGCGGCGAAGGUUGCGGAAGUCGCGGCUCUGAGAGCAGCAGAGAGGCAGAAAGUGGCUGAGGGCGAGGGCUUUGUCAGUGGGCCGGCCGACGAGGGUGCUGAAGAAGACCUCCACAGCCUGGGUGAUUCAGAUGCGGACCUGCCAAGUGAGGCGAGCAGCCUGUCUGCCUUUGAAGACAGUGGAGAUGAUGGCAGCGAUGCAGGAGAUGGGGAUGGUGAGGGGGAAGAUAAAGAUAUGGAAGGAUCAG